AUGUCGUUCGACAGCACGCCUUCCUUCUCCAGCCCGCUCGCCUUUGCCUCGAUCCUCUCAAACGACGAGGACAACAACGAGGACGGGACAGCCCCCGUCGCCGGUCUCAGCGACAUGGACGAGAAGUCCGACGAGGCCAGCGACCUUGGCGAGGCAAAGGCCGACGAUGGCGACGGCCCCACGCAGAAGCGUCCCGCCCAGACGCGGCACGACACCCUGUCGCGGUCAGGGUCGAAUUCGAGCAGCGCAGCGAGAAGAGGCGAGCCCUCCUCGACCAAGUCGUUCCGGCCGUCGCACCCGCGAACCGUCGACAAGGAUCGAUCCGGCUCCCUCUCGCUUCAUCGAGCGGCCACCGGAGCCUCGCGCCUGGGCUCGGCCGCGCACACGCGGCAGGCUUCGUUCAACGAUGACGACGACACAGGGUCCAUCUCGUCGGACGGCGUCUUUUCGGUGCCGACCUCGUCGUUGACUCGCAAGAGCUCCGUGGCCAGCUCGACCGGCUCCAUGGGUCCGCCGGCUGUUCCGAAGCGGGUGUUGGAAGCGGUAGCCCCCUCUGCUGCCGCCGAGCAGGCCGACGAGGUCGGGGGCCGUCCCAUCUCGGCCGCGGCGGCGGGCAAACGAAAGGAGGACCAUCUGCUCGGGCUAGGCAUGCCGUCGAACCCUUCACCCCUCUCGUCCGGCUCGUUUGGCAGCGGCAGCGGCAGCGGCAGCGGAAGCUUUGCUCCUUCGUCGUACAAACCACCAUCGCCGCUGCUGACAUGGGGAUCGACGGUACCCAAGUCCGGCGCGGCGGCCGGCAGCGGCCAGGCAUCUAGUCAGACGCCGGCCCGGCAACGGCGACGCCUCACCGCCUCGUCGCUGAGCGCGGCCACGAGCGCCCACCGGCGGGCACGGUCGCUCGGCGGCGUGCUGCUCGGCGAAUCGGCUGCCCCGCCCGUCGGCGGUCCGGAUGGCGUCGAUCCCAACCUCGUCGCCGCUAUUCAAUCGGGCAGCUCGACCAUCCCGCUCCCCGGCUACGGCCUCGACAGCCAGCGAUCCGCCAGCACAGCAUCGACGGGCACGCAGAGCUCCACCACGUCUUCCUCGGCCCUCUCGUCCGGCGGCAUCGUCGCCCCGUCGUCGAUGCCAUCCACGCCGACAGCCACGCUCCGUAUGCACUCUAGAAAACGAGGCUCGCAAAUCUACAUCGACAACGACGAAGGUUCGGCGAGGUCGCCGCCCGCCCCCUUCGAGACAUCGCCUCCCAUGGACACCUCGGCCUCGGCCUCGGCCUCUUCGACCUACGUGAGGCCCCGUGUGCGCAGCCAGACGAUGGGCGUCGGCGCUCAUCCGGCUGCGUCCAGCCCGGGUCUGUCGUCGAGCCUCAGCGCAUCCUUGGGUCCCAGCUCGCAAAAGCCUGGCCCAGGACUGGCCGACGCUAUCCGGCUGCAGAGGGUGCCCACGGCAGUGCGCUUGGCGGGCGACCUUUUCGUGCCCACCUCGCCGGCCCACACUCGGUCCUCGCUGUCUCAGGACGCCUCGCCGGCGCGGCAGACGCCGAGAGGGAUGCAGCCUCCUUCACAGGGCGUCAUCAGCCCUGGCGGACACCACGGUCUCGGCAUCGGGCUAAACAGCGAGGCUGGCAGCGCUGGCAGCAGCACCAGUCGACUGCAUGUGCCGCCCCAGACGCCUAUGGCCACCAGCCGCAGCACCUCUCCGCUGGCGUCGGAGCACAGCCACGGCCGCAGCGGCCAGUCUUCCUCAUCGAGUUCGGGCCGAGUCUCGCCGGUGGUGGAGCGGAGUCGGCUGAGCACCAAGUCGUCCGCGAUUGGCCCAGAGCUCCGCGACGCUCCGCUGACCGUCUCGAUCCCUGCUGGUCGGUCGAUCGAGCCCUCCGGCAGCCUUCCCAGUUCUGCCCUGCUCGGCCCGCGUUCGCCCGUCUAUUCGCGGUCAAGCCUUCGCUCGGGUUCCGAGUCCUCGUCAUCGACGCACGACUCAACGGCCGGUGCCGGCGUCUUUUCGCCGAGCGCUUCGCUCUCCACUUCCGGCCGGCUUAGUCCCACCUCGAGCUUUGCCAGGAGACCGGCUGCUCCGCCGUCAGCCAGCAGGGCCGCACGUCGUUCGUGGGGGGCACAGGAGCUGUUCGACAGCCUUUCGGACUUGCCCGACCCAUCUGCCGAUCCGGGGAACGCCGAGAGGCCUGCACCCUGGAUCGCAUCCUCGCAGGACGUUGCGGCGCCGAACUCUCGAUUCGCGGCGGUGCGCGACGACCCGGCGACGAUCAAGCUCAGCCGAUCGAUUGGCGCCGGCGCUGCUCUCGACGUGCCGUCCUCGACGAGCAGGUCGAUGAGGCCCGAGCAGAGCCACCUGCUCACCCCGGUCCGACUGGCGUCGUCGAACCAGCAGAUGUCCGGCACGGACGAGUACGCCAGGAUCAUCAUCCAGAGCAGGAACGCCAAGAUGCAAAAGUGGAAGGCGCAGAAUCCCAAGUCGCCCCCGGCCUCUUCGUACUCGCAUCGUCCCGGUGGCGCCUCUGCCGGGCAGCGUGUGGCGGCCGACGCGAUGCCGGACUGGGGCUCGUUCGGUGCGGCGCGCCAGGCCGAGCUCGAGGCCGCCUCGUCGAUCGCGCUUGGGCGUCGUGGAACAACCAUUGGCAUCUCUCGCACCGUCGGCCCACCGAGCACUCCGGGUCCUUCUCGCAGGCCAUCGCAGGCCGACUCGAUCACCAGCAUCGAGUCGCAGAAUGGCGACUUCUCCGGCCCGUCUGACGCCGACGGCGCAGACCUGCCCUCUGCAUUCGCCCACCUCGCCGGUCCAAAGGAGAUCGAAUGGGUCGACUGGCUCGACGAGUACCGCAAGAUGAAGGAGGCCAAGCUGCAGUCGGAGCGCGAAGAGGCCGAAGCCGAGGCACGGGGCGACGGGUCGGAGUCGGCUGGCGACAACGACGACGACGACGACGACUCGGACGCUGGAACCGAGCCGGCAGCCGCCGCGGAUGUCGAAGAGCCGGGCAUUCUCCAAGGCGAUGACGCGCUGGGGGCCUCUUCGCUGCUCGGCGAAGCCGCGAGCGAGGGCCGCAGAUCGGUGUCGGAUCCGCUAGCAAGGCAGAGGGUGGCGCAGCCUGCAGCCAUGGCCAGCGGCAACGCGGCCGACACCGGCAUGGGCCAGCUGGAAAGCGCGAUGGAGAAGCUCAGCACGGCCGAAUCGCAGCGGACCAUCGGCCGUUCGUCGAGCCAGCAACCGCUCGGACCGGUGCGGAAGCCCUCGGCCGCCCCCGUGCGGGGAUCCUCGCGGCCCUACGCCGACACGCGCCGCAGCUUCACCGUCGGCAACCCGCAGGGCCUCGGUGGCAGCGGCGGUCGCGGCAGCGCAUCUUCGACGGUGCACCGCCUCGGCAUCGACAAGCCGCGCACCAUCUCGCUGUCGCCCAUCACUUCUCGCGUCACGGGCGCCGCGUCCUAUGCACCCUCGAGCAGCUCGGCCCAGCAGCAGGCCUCUCGCAGCAAGCGGCGGCAGCUCGGCGGCAAGAUCGAGGCGUGGUGGAGCGCGGUCAAGUCUGGCUUCGGCGGGCACAUGACCGAGCAGGGCGGCCGCACGCUGCAGGCGCAAACCCAGUCGCGGCAGCCGGGCCCACAGAGACCGCAGAGGCCUACCCGGCCGACGGCCCAGUCGUUCUCAUCGUCGCCACAACGCGUCAAGGCUCAGUCGAUUCCGCGGCAGGCGGCCUCGAACGAGGCAGCGUUCGAGGUGGGGACCGCGCCCGCAGAACCCUGCCCGCUUGCCGUAGAGGCCUUUGCCCGGCACAGCAGGUCGCAGACCGGUACGCUCGGCAGCAAGGUGCCAGAGUCGGUGCACACACUGCGCCCUUCGUCGUCCGCGCAGAACCUGCUGGAGAAGAAGCAGGCGGCCGAACAGCAGAGGCUAGAUGCCGGCGAAGAUCGGACCGCCGCUGCCGCCAGCUCGCCGAGCCAGCCAGCCGCUGGCGCUGCUGCUGCAGAGGAUCGGCGCGGCUCGGUGUCAUCCCGCGGCAGCGCAGAGACAACGGGCAAGGACUCGAUCAAACGGCGCCAGCACCAGCCGAAGCUCUCGCUGCAGCUCGAGAGAGGCUUCAGCACUUUUGAUGCCGGCGGCUUCGACAGCCUCGAUCCCAAAGGCUCUCGCUUCAACACGCUGUCGCAGGGCGAUCGCCUAGAGGCCCGCCAACCGCUCUCUCCGCUAAGCGGCCCCAGCUCGACCCUCUCGCCGGAGGAAGAUGAGGCGCGGCCGGAGCCACCGACGAGCGCCGCGAGCGCCGUCACCUCACCCGUCGAGCCUCGAACCAACAUCACGCGCUCGCCCGGCCCACGGCGGCGACGCCUCUCGCGAGCCUGGAAACCCGGCGACGGCGAGGCUGGCAUGUCGUCCAAGCGGCACUCGAUGCUCGAGGGCAGCGCCAGCGGCGCCGUCAGCCAGGACGAAUCCGAGGCGGAAGGCAAGCGUGGGCGCGUACGCGCGAGCCAGGGCCGGACGUCGAAGGAAAUGACCAUGUACUCGGUCCACCAGCACAUCCGCCAGCGUCUGGCCGCGUCCAAGGAGAGCUGCGACAGGGAGCUGCGCAAGAUUGUCGCCGCCAUCAGCUCGUUCGUCGAGGCGGACCUCGAACGGCAAGAGGACGAGGCCAACCAGCGCGCCCUAGGCGUCGAUGGCGAUGACGACGAGGUGGAAGAGGUGUUUGACGGCGACGACGUCACCCUCUCGCAGCAGCUCGGCCUCGGCGACAGCAUCCACAGCGACGGGAGCACCGGGACUCGCGCCGAGUCCGCGACCAUGUAUCGCGACUUCAGCGCCGGCUCGUUUGCCUCGAGCGAGCCGACGUCGGCAACGGAACGCCUGCCGCUGGACGAGAUCGAUGACCAGAGCUUCGAUCCGGACGAAACCCCGCAAGCCGGAGUGUCGCAGCACUCGCUUCUCGGUGCUCGAACACCGGGCAACAACAGAGAAACGACGCCCACGCUUGGCUCGCGCGAGUACCGACUGCCGGCUCCUCCGACGCCUGCUGCUCUCGGUUCUUCGCAGCCAGUGGUGGGACGUCCGACGGGGAUCGCGAAUCCCCCGCGCCCAUCGAAGCUCAACCCGCUCGGCCGCACAAAGUCUGCAAGCCGGGCCAGCCGCUCUGCGUCCAACUCGAGGCCUACUUCGCGCUCCCACUCGCCCCUGCCUGGCGUGCCCAUGGCCUCGAGCCUCUCGGUGGCGUCCAGCUCGCCGCGCCUGUCGCCCGCGCGGCGGACGAGGCCGCUGCCCGCAGACGAAGGCAAGCUCCAGCCGUGGAUCCCGGCGCUCUCGGAGCUCGUCGCGCUGGCCAUGGAGGUCCUUGACACGUCGAUCAACUCGCUCAUCGCACGCCAUGGCGCCUGCUCGCAGAUCAUCGCCGCCGUCCAGACAGUCGGUCGGGACUGGGACGAGCAUCCGGAGUGGCCUGGCCGAGGCUGGUACGUACGCCUGCUGCUCGCCGUGGCCGGCCUCAGCCGAGUCGUCGAGUGGUGGGAGGCCGAAAAAGGGUUUUGGAACUUCGACGACGACGAGGAGCACGACGCCGAGCCGAUCCGCUUCAUCCUCGGUGGCGGCCAGGGCGAAGGCGAAGGCGGCGAGGCCAGGGCGCCGCCGCACCUCUGGGGCGCCGGCUACAGCCACAGCCCGACGCGGAAGCGCAGCACCGCACCCGAGCACGAUCAGGAGGAGCCGUCGGGUCCCGCCGCAAGCACCAGCGCAACGGCUUCGCCCGCCCUCGCAGCUCAGGGCGCCCCGGAUCCCGCCGACGCCGCGUCUGCCGGCGCUGCCAUGGCGCGGAAGCUGUCCGACACGUCCGCCUUGGGUGCAGACGAGGGCGACACGACCAUCGUCGAUCGCGAACUGGUCGCGGCAGAGCCAUCGCCCGCGGCCGCCGCUCGAUCGGCGCAUGAGGCAUCCGGGGAGCACAAGGACGCCGGCGUCAACGUGCUGAUGGAGCUGAGCCUCGAGGACCAGCGCUUCCUCUACCUCAGCCCAGCCUGGAAGCUCGUCAUCGGCUCCGAUCCAUCCGAGCUCUACGAUGUGCCGAUCGCCGAGCUGCUCGCCUCGGGCGACGUCAACGUCUUCGCCGAGGCGUCCGCCCAGCUGCAGGCCAACGAGUCGCACACGGUCGAGGCCAUCUUCCGCCUUCGGAUCGAGCGCUCCGCGCUGGUCAGCCCGACCGCCUCGGACGCGUCCGAGGACGGCAGCGACGUCGACGAGACCCGCUAUUUCCAGGAGAUGGAGGGCAAGGGCAUGCUGAUGCACGACCGGCACAACGGACUGCCCUCGCACACCAUGUGGGUCUUCAAGCCCAGCGGCCCGCCGGAGCCAGAGGCCGACCUGCCCGAGGUGGUGGGCCCCAAGAGCGGGCGAGCCGCGUCCAGCUUCCUCGACGAUCCGACGGCCACGGUGGCCCACGUCGCCUCAAUCUCGGUCGAGCCGCUCCUCUGCCGCAUCUGCGAGCGCGACAUCCCCACCUGGUUCUUUGAGAAGCACUCGGAGAUCUGCAACGAGGUCCAUCGCCUCGAGAUGGAGAUUGGCGAGUGCAACGAGAGCCUGCACGAGCUGCGCCGCACCGUCAAGGCCAUCGUCAAGCGGCUCGAGGACGCGCACGACCAGCCGUGCGACCCGCCGGUCGACUACCGCGGCAUCCAGCUGACGACCCCGCCGGCGUCGACGCAGCCCCCAUCGGCGCUCGAGGGCAUCAACCGCUCCGUGCUGCCUCGUCAGCCGAACGCGGCGUCGGUGCGCAAGACGCACAUGCGGGCGCUCGACGCUGCCCUCGAGAUCCUGCAGGUGGCGCUCGAGAUCUCGACGCCUGCGACCAAAGAGGAGCAGGCCGACGAGCCCAUCGAAAAGCAGCGCCUCCUUUCGCCGACCUCGGAGAACAAGGUGGUCGCCGUCAAGCAGUGGCGCCGCACCCCGGCCGAGGACGCCGCCAUCGACGCCCUCAUGACCGACGUCGAGGCGGCCAUGCGUGGCAAGCUGAGCGCCGUCAAUCGCAUGCUCAACACGAUCGUCUACGUCGAGACGGUGCGCCAAGAGUGGGAGGUGAGCGUCGAGGCCGCGCUGGCCGCCGUCUCGGAGGAGGACGAGGCGUCGGGCGACCACACCAGCUCUCAGGAGCACAGCAGCGAGCAUAGCGGGGACGAGAUCAGCGUGGACGCUGGCGAGUCGUCGUCGGACGAGGUCGAAGAGGCGCCCACUCCGUUGCAGCCCGACCACGGCCCGGCACGCCAGCCCGACCGGGACGUAGAAGCCCUGGCGACACCGCAGCCCGAAUCCGAUGCCCCCACGCCCACCCUGGCGGCGUCCUUCGGCGUCGGUCCGGCGCGGGCCUCGACAGCUGCGGCGAACAAGGGCGGCCGAGGAGCCAGUUCCACAUUGCGACAAGCGCUCAAGGUCGAUCUGAGCUCCUCGUCCAACGACAGCGAGGCCGGCAUGGCGCGAGAGCAUGCGGACGACGACGAAGACGGCGAUCUGCCAUCUGGCAUCCUGCUCGACCGCGACGAUCGAGAAGUUCCGCAGCUGCCGCAGUCGAGCCAGCUCGGCGCCACGGGCACGGCGGGCACGGCCGAAGACGACAUCCCGGCGGUGGAAGAGCAGAUGGGCGGGGGUCCGUCUGGCCCUGCGCCCAUCCCGAUCCCCUCGGGCGGCGGCAGUGCGGCGGCCUCGUCCCACGCCAAGAGCUCGCGGCAGGCCGAGUCGCUGCUGCUCGCCAUCGAGGGCGCCGACCCUGCGCCUCGAGAGCGUCGCUCGACGAGUCGAUCUCGGCGCGCGUCCCACCUUCCGCUCCCCAGCGACCACUCCCUGCUGCAGACACCGCCGCUGUCGCCCCGCUACCCGCUGUCCGAGUCGCUCGGCGUCUCGUCGAGGAACCUGCGCAAGCCUAGCAUCUCGCACCGCAGCCCCAUGGCCGGCUCGAUGCCCCUGUCGCCUCGCCUGCCGCCCACCGCACCGUCGUCGAAGCCCACGGCGUCGUCGAUCAAGGACUUCGACAUCAUCAAGCCGAUCAGCAAGGGCGCGUUCGGCUCGGUCUUCUUGGCCAAGAAGCGGACCACGGGCGACUACUACGCCAUCAAGGUGCUCAAAAAGUCGGACAUGAUCGCCAAGAACCAGAUCACCAACGUCAAGGCGGAGCGCAUGAUCCUCAUGACCCAGAACCAGUCGCCGUUCGUGGUCAAGCUCUUCUUCACCUUCCAGAGUUCUGACUACCUCUACCUCGUGAUGGAGUACCUGCCUGGUGGCGACUGCGCCUCGCUGUGCAAGGUGCUCGGCGGCCUGCCCGAGGAGUGGGCGCGCCAGUUCCUCGCCGAGAUUGUCGUCGGUCUCGAGCACCUGCACUCCAAGGGCGUGGUGCACCGAGACCUGAAGCCGGACAACGUGCUGAUCGAUCAAAAGGGCCACCUCAAGCUGACCGACUUCGGACUGUCCAAGAUCGGAUUGCUGGGCCGCCAGACUCGGCCCGCCGCGCUCGGCGCGCCCGUGGGGGCCGGCAGCCCGUUCGGAGGCCUCAGCACCGGUGGCGGCCGCUCGGACGCCUUUGCGGGCUCGCUUCCGAGCUCGUCGGCGUCGCCCGGCUCCAACAACCGCCAUCCCUCGGUGUCGACGCCGGCGGGCACCUCGGCCGGCGACACCGCCGCUUCCUUCUCACCCUCGACCCCGGGCCUCAUCGGCCUGAUGCAUCAGCCCUUCUUCUCGGCGCAGCAGAGGGGGCGGAUUGUCAGCUCGUCGACCGACGUCAGCGACAGCAGCGAGACCGAGGGCAACCCGAGCGCGCCCAAGCCGCUUCCCUCGGCCCGGGUCGACAGCCACGGUGCGCCGUUUGGCUCGCACCCGCUGCUCACCAACGACGCCAGCCCGUCGCAGCCCAAGCACUUUGUCGGCACGCCAGACUACCUCGCGCCCGAGAGCAUCCUCGGCAUCGGCAUGGACGACUUCGCCGUCGACUUUUGGGCGCUCGGCGUCAUCCUCUACGAGUUCCUCUACGGCUUCCCGCCCUUCCACGCAGACACGCCGGAAAAGGUGUUUGACAACAUCCUCUCGCGCCGCAUCGACUGGGAGGAGGACUCGGUCGAGAUCUCGCCAGAGGCGCGCGGCCUCAUGGAGGCGCUUAUGUGCACCGAUCCCAAGACGAGGCUCGGCUCCAACGGCGUCGACGAGAUCAAGAGGCACCCCUUCUUCGAGGGCAUCGACUGGGAGAAUGUCACCGCCGACGAGGGCCCCUUUGUGCCCCAGGUGGCGGACCCCGAGUCGACCGACUACUUUGACCUGCGAGGCGCCGUCCACCAGGAAUUUGACGAGGACCACGCGCAGAGCACCCACGAGUUUGCCCGGGCGAUCGAGGGCAAGAAGGUCAUCGAGACCGGUCGCCCUCCCUCGUCGCGGAUGCGCAGCCGCCUGGAGCGUGGUCAGAUGGGCGAACGCUCGCAGACCGACGACUUCGGCAACUUUAGCUACAAGAACCUGCCCGUCCUCAAGCAGGCCAACGACGAGGUGAUCCGCAAGAUGCGCGAGGACCAGAUGCCCGCGCUUUCCCAGACGCUCGAGCAGCCAUCGGGCAUGCACGGCCGCCACCGCAGCUUCUCGGCCAAGGGCAAGGCCAUGAUGCGCGCGCAGCUGCAGGCGGUCGGCGGUCCGCCGUCGCCCUCGCAGAGCAUCUCGUCGCAGGGCUCGACGCCCUCGCGCUCGACGGCGCCCACGUCGCCCUCGGGCCUGCUGCUCAACUCGGCGCACGCGAGGCGGCCUUCGGAGCUCGCCGCGCUCUUCACGCACUCUCCGAUGACCUCGCCCUCGAUCCCGAUGCCCUCGCUGCACUCGACCGCAGGUGCCACGGCGGCAGCGGCGGCAGCGGCGACGGCAGCACCCGGCAUCGUCGACCGCAAGCGGUCUCAGCUCGCCGAGGUCGACAGUUCGGCGCGGCGCAACUCGAUGCCGACCAGGCUGAGGACAAAGUCCGCCAGCGUCUCUGAGCGGCCCACCUUGCCGCCGCACUGGUCCGAGUCGAGCAAGCCGAGGUCGAGCGUGGCCGCGCCUGCCUCGCAGUCGGCAGCCCACUCGCCGACCACUGCGGGUCCGGCGCCCGCCCAGCAGGGCUCGGAGUCUGCGCCGAUGGCGGUCGCCGGUCCCGACAAGAACGCCAUCGAGUGCCUGGUGGCCGAGGACAACCCCAUCGCGCUGCGUAUGCUCGAGCUGGUCCUCACCAAGCUGGGCUGCCGAUGCACCGCGGUCCGCAACGGCGCCGAGGCGGUCCGGCUGGCCAUGGGCGACGAUCGCUUCGACGUCCUCUUCAUCGACGUGACGCUGCCCAUCGUCAACGGCCAGGACGUGGCCCGGAUGGUCAAGUCGACGCGCAACGCCAACUCGCAGACGCCCAUCGUCGCGCUUGCCUCGUUCGAUCGCGGCGAGCCCAUCGACGCCGCCGGAAGCGUCUUUGACGCCGUCUUGGCCAAGCCGCUCGAGCGCAUCGACGUGUGCGCCAUCCUGGCCAGGCUCGGCUUUACGCCGCUGCAGCAGGCGCACGCCAAUGCGAGCGCCCAGCCUCCGGCCUCUGCCGAAACUGGCGCGGCCGACGCUCAGUCGCCCCCUCCAACGGCCACGCCGUCCAGCACCGGCUCGAUCUCGGCUUCGGCCUCGAUGUCGAGCGGCGUAGGCCAGGCCGUGCCGCGCAAGGGUAGCCCGGCCAUUGCGGCCGUGGCCUCGGGUGAGCGGCGCGACAGCCACAGCCCGCAUGGCAAAUCGUCGGCCGCCUCGUACGCCAUGCCCUUUUCGUCUUCGCCGCUCGGCAGCAGCGUCUUUCCGCGCCGAGACGGUGACGCCGACGGCCAGGCCCCCUCUUCUUCUUCUUCUUCUUCGGCGGCGGCGGCGGCGGCGACGACCACCAGCCGCUCCGCCUCCGGUUCCGCCGGCGCGUCGGCAGCCCCGUCUAGACCCCCGCCCAAGCCGACCGACUCCAACGUCAGCAGCUUCGUCGCUGCCAGCGCGGCGCUCAACAAGGCCAUCUCGGACCUGACGCUAGAAUAA